ACGUUCAUGCAAUCCAACCCGUGCAGCCCGACUUAUGACAUAUAUCGACUUGCAUCAGGCGUGGUCUCGUUUCCUCAUUUUGGCAGUCUAUUAGGCUAGGAUUACCCGGACAUACAGACAUUUCAGUCUUCGAUUCAACUCAAUUGUUGCAUCUCCAGAAGACGGCGACCAUGAAGACCAUUGACCAGGAGUCGGUGUCCCCUAGCGGCGGGCUUAAUACAGCUGAGACCGACGGUUCCGCAUCCAAAGUCGACUCUCCAUUCGCAUGGACGAAACACGACGGCGUAUAUCGCCGCAAAGUGGGCUCUAUGGAGUCUUUCUAUUUGAGCCUGGCCACUCCUGAAGGUUACCCGGUGCACUGGAUGGUCGGAUGCAGUGUGACCAUCACCUCACAACCCGAUAAUGUGAACGUUGAGGAAGCUCUCAGAAAGGCAUGGGACGCCACACGAAGUGAUUUCCCAUGCUUGGGGGCCGUGGUGGACCCUGUAUCCCGGGAGAUUGUCGUCCGAGAGGAUGUCACGGCCGAGGAAUGGCUGCAGCGGUCAUACCGAGUUCACGACGACACAACCACCAAGGAGCUAUUUUCUGCGUUCAGAAGCCAGCACCACAUCACCCUCCACUACAUCCGCAGCACAAGUCAGCUUCUACUGCAAUCGCCACAUACACUUAUUGACGGCAGGGGGAUGCUGUACCUGUACCACGCACUCUUCACGGCGCUGUCAAAGCCAUCAUCAACCCCAGCAUCCGACAGGGCGGCCAACACAGCUCCGCCAAACCUGUCAAAGCCCUAUGAUGAGUGGCUGGGAGUUGCUCCCAUGCCAAACGACAAGAACAUUCGCGAUGCUGAGUCCAUCUUUGCACGCGUGCUUCAGCAGGAGAAGCCAAUCCGGCUGCCAGGUGUAGACUUUGAAGCCCAGCCUCGCAGACCGGUCCACAGGGAUCUUGAGUUGGACGAGGAGACAACAUCUGCCAUUAUCCAGGGGUCCAAGAAGAAGGGAGUCAGCGUGACUUCGGCCUGGCACGCAGCUCUGGCCAUGACGACACAGAAAAUCCAAACCGAGGCAUCAGAAGAGGGAACCUCUUAUGUCUCAGUCACGACACUCGACCUGCGCCGUUAUUUCCCAUCAUCCUUCAUUCCACAGAAGCACUCUAUCUGUUCUCUGCAGACCGCUCUGCCCUUUUCAUCGGACCUCAGCAAGGACAACACGUUCGAUGCUCUGAGCCGGUCAUUGCACCGACAAUACAAGGCACCUUUUGCUUUUGCCGACAACGAUUUCAACUACUUGAACCCCUACAUGGCCAUGUCACGACAGAUCCUUGAAAGCGGCAACAUGCCAUCCAGUAGCACCCCGUCCCUGUCCAGCAUGGGCAUCGUCGACGACUACCUGCAGCACAGAUAUGGAGACUGGGAGACUGACAAGUUCUGGAUCAGCUCAACCAUGAUGACUGGUGAUUUCCAGAUGUACCUGUGGACCUUCAGGGGAAGGAUGACGUUCAGUGUGUGUUAUAAUGAGGCUUUCUAUGAAGCUACGCAGGUCGAUCGAGUCAUGGAGAGGACUAGAGAUGCCAUGAUUCAGGGCUUGGCGAGCUGUUAGAUUGACAUUAUUGGUUCUGUACACUUUAGAGAAAGCGGAUGUGACCCCCCCUUUUUUAGAC